CCCGGUGGCACAACCGCGUAAGCAGUAGUAGAAGUCAGACGUCCAUUGCAUCUCUUGUAAUUUCAUCAAAUUUAAAAUUUAAAUUGGUAAUUAAUCGUUGCAGAAAUUGCUAGAUUUUAGAAUCAGCUAAACAAUGGACGGUAGUGGAAGACCGGCUGGAAGAAGCCGAGGCAGAGCUAGUAGCAGUACACCACAGCAGCAACCUCAAGGAGCAUGGGCCCGUCGUCCCGGACCAUCGCAAGCUCACGAUCCUUCGAAACAGUAUGGACCCCCACCGACGAAAUAUUUCCGUUCACAGAGCGGGGUAGGACGUUCCUUCCGUGCGCCCGCACCAACCAGCGCUCCUGCUGGAGACCAGCGUCCACCAGGAGUUGAUCGCCCAGCUCCUCCGCCAUCUGAUAUUGUUCCAGUCGGAGGUGGUGGUGAUGCCGCAUCAGCUAAUGCCGGACGUGGAGCCAUGCGUGGCCGCAGAAUCAUCAACCCAGAUAUUUUAAAUUCACGUCCAUCACACGUCAAGUCCUCAAAGAAAGGGACCGGAGGUAAUCCAACUAAAUUGCAGGCAAAUUUCUUCAAAAUUUUGAGCGCUCCCGAUUGGUGUCUGAUGCUGUACAGAGUAGAUUUUUCACCGGAAGAAGACAGAACUUUGGUUCGUAAAGGACUUGUUCGUCUCCAUAAAGAUCAAUUGGGAAUUUAUAUAUUUGAUGGCAGUGUUCUGUACACUUGCAACCGCUAUCAUGGAGUGACCAAAACAGAUGCAAUGGAACUAUUCUCAGAACGAGUAACUGAUAAUGUCAAAAUAAAAAUUAGUAUUCGCUUGGUAGGAGAAAUGGCUAAGGGUGACCCACAUUACCCUCAAUUUUUCAACAUUGUUUCUCGUAAAGGGUUGGAACAUCUCCGUCUUCAAUUGGUCGGACGUAAUUACUUUGAUGCCAACGCGAGAGUGGAAAUUCCCGAGUACAGAUUUCAAUUGUGGCCUGGGUAUCAGACGUCUAUUCGUCAACAUGAACGCGACGUUUUGAUGGGAUGUGAGAUCACUCAUAAAGUGAUGCGUCAAGAGACAUUAUUUGAUAUAAUGAAUAGAAUUCGUAUGAAUGCUCGUGGUGGUGACGUUCAAGGAGCUUGCAAAGCUGAAGUUAUUGGUCUGACUGUUUUGACUGAUUACAACAACAAUACGUACAGAAUUGAUGAUAUCGACUUUAGUAAAACACCAAAGGCAACAUUCAACAUGGGAAGAGACAAUGUUCCGACUACAUAUCUUGAUUAUUACAACACCAAGUAUCGAAUUCGUAUUAGAUCUGACUCACAACCGCUUCUUGUUGCCCGUUCAACUCAGCGAGAUCGUCGUGCUGGAAAAGAUGAGAUAAUUUAUUUAGUUCCUGAACUCUGUCGAGCAACAGGAUUGACUGACUCUAUGAGAACGGAUUUCAAAUUGAUGGCAGCAUUGGCAACACACACUCGUCUCACUCCUGAAAGACGUAUUGAAAAAUUAUUGAAUUUCAAUAGACGUCUGCAACAAUCACCUGAAGUCGUUAAAGAGUACAGCCAAUGGAAUUUACGAUUGGACACCAACUUGGUUGAAAUUCCAGCUCGUAUACUUCCGCCAGAAAAUAUUAUUUUUGGUAACAUGAAACAAUCAGCGACUCAAAGAGCUGACUGGACUCAACAUUUCCGUUCUGCUCGACUGAUUGUCUGCACUAAAUUGAGUGACUGGGUCCUCAUUCUUCCAGAGCGUUUACGUCGUGACGCACAACAAUUCGUUGGUAAUAUCGUCAAAGUCGGACAAGGAAUGUCCUUCUCAGUAAGUCAGCCAAAUGUCCGUGAAAUUCGUAACGAGUCAGCUCAGUCAUAUGCUGAAGAAUUGGAACGCGUUAUGAGUCGCAGUACACCUCAACUUGUCUGCUGUAUUGCAAUGAGAUCACGUGCUGAUGUUUACUCAGCUAUUAAGAAGAAGUGUUGUGUUGAUCGUCCCGUUCCAAGUCAAGUUAUUCUUGCUAAAAAUUUGGCUUCCAAAGGAGCCAUGUCCAUUGCUACCAAAGUCGCUAUUCAAAUGAACUGUAAAAUUGGUGGUGCUCCUUGGAGUAUGGACUUUGGAAUCGCUGGAUUGAUGGUUGUUGGAUUUGAUGUUUGUCACGAUCCUAAUCAUCGUGGAACUGAUUUUGGUGCUAUGGUUGCAUCACUGGAUCGUGGAAUGACCAGAUACUUCUCAGCUGUCAGUGCUCACCGUAGUAACGAAGAAUUGACAAAUGAAUUCAGUCUUAACAUGGUCAAGGCACUGCGCAAAUAUGCAGAAUUGAAUUCCGGUCAAUUCCCAUCACGUAUUGUUAUUUACCGUGAUGGUGUCGGCGAUGGACAAAUUCCCUAUGUACUCGAUCACGAAGUAAACCAUCUCCAGGAAGCUCUCGGUAAACUCUACGGCCGUGCUGAUUUAGUAAAGAUGUCAUUUAUCAUUGUCACCAAACGCAUCAACACCAGAUUGUUUUACAAUCGCCGUGAGAACCCACCACCAGGUAGUAUUGUAGACGAUGUAAUUACCAACCCAUGGAGAUACGACUUCUUCAUUGUUUCACAAUGUGUAAGACAAGGAUCCGUAUCACCUACUGCUUACAAUGUCGUUCAUGAUAACGCGGGAAUUGAUGUCACUGGUCUCCAGCGAUUGACAUUCCAGUUGACGCACAUGUACUUCAACUGGAGUGGAACUGUCAGAGUGCCGGCACCUUGUCAGUAUGCCCACAAAUUAGCGUUUUUGGUCGCUCAAAGUAUUCACCGAUCUCCAAGCAGUCACUUGGAAAGUCUUUUAUAUUUCCUUUAAAAAACAAAAAAAUUAUCUAAGCAAAGAAAAAAAUUUUUUUUUUUUUAUUAUUAUUAUUAUUUUUUUUUUUUUUAAUGAAUUUCUUAAUUAUGAAUUAAAAAAAUAUUUUUUAUUAAUGUUUCGGUGAAAUACUUUUUUUUUUUUAUUUUUUUCAGUAAAAGACAAUUUUUAUUUUAUUUCUUUAGUUAACUGUCAUAUUUAAUUAUUUAAAAAAAAAAGAGACUAAAAGGUCGGAGUUAAAUACUAUGAUUAUUAAAAUUAUAAUGAAAUAUUUUUUUAUUCUAAACUUACGUAAGUUAUCAGUAUUUUUUAAUAUUUAUUAAUAAAUAAUUAGUCUGACAUUUAAACUACGUAAGAAAAAGAAAAGGAAGAAAUGUUAUCACCUCCAACAUGACUAGAGAUUGUUAAAGUCAUGAUUAUAAAAAAGAUAUAAUUAUCUUAAUUAAAUAUAUGUUGGUUUAAAAGCAAAAUAUCAGUAAAAAAUAAUAAAUGUUUACUCAAUUUUAAUUAUUGAAUAAAUUGAUAUAAAGUUUAAA